CUCGAGGAGAACCAGAGACUCCGUGCCAAACUGGAGAACCUAGAGCAGGUCCUAAAGCACAUGCGAGAGGUCGCCGAGCGAAGGCAGCAGCUGGAAUUGGAACAUGAGCAGGCACUGGCUAUCCUUAAGUUCAAACAGGAUGAAAUCAAACGUUUGCAGCGGGCCCAGUUAUUUGCCAAGAGGGAGCAUGAAGGGGUGGUUCAGAUGCUGGAGUCAAAGGUACGAGACCUGGAGGAGAAAAGCCGCAGCCAGAGUGAACAGUUUAGCUUGCUGUCCCAAGAGCUGGAGAAGUUUCGCCUGCAGGCCUCCAAAGUGGACCUGGCCAGCUCGAGCCUCCUCAGCAAUCCCAGCCUGUCUGUUCUGGCCAACGGGGUGGGGCUGACUACAGAGCAAGAUGUGGCCGCUGCACUGCGCUUGGGCUCCACCCCCCACGCUGCAGGACUCUCCAGGACGGAGCGCUCGCCUGUCACCAAACACCGAGAGCUGCCCACCAUCAGUGUCAGCAAGUCUUCCUCCACCAAGUCAGAGACUACACACCUCACCCCCAAGUCUGACACCCAUCUAAGUCCGCACAAAUCAAGCCCGACACAUGAGGUGGACACUGCCAGUGAAGUGGAGGAGUUGGACAUCGACAUGGCUCCGGCCUCUUGUUCAGCCAGCAGGGCGGCACCGAAGCUCCAAGUUUUUAUUGCAAGAUACAGUUACAAUCCGUACGAUGGCCCAAACGACAACCCCGAGGUGGAGCUGCCCCUCACUGCCGGGGAGUACAUCUAUGUGUAUGGAGACAUGGAUGAUGAUGGUUUCUAUGAAGGUGAGCUGAUGGAUGGGCGAAGAGGGCUGGUUCCCUCGAACUUUGUUGAACGCAUGUCCGACGAUGAUCUGAUGAGCUCUCAUCAUCCAGAGACAGGGGAUGUGUCCCACAACUCUCUGCUAGACAGCAGCCUGCACAGUGCCAGCCACCAGCAUCACCUCCACAUGGGCGUCAUUGCCUCAGAACGGACAGGGGCUUCAGCUGCCUCCGGCCCCUCCUCAGCCCUCUCAGAUUCAGCAUCAGCCUUGCCUGUCCUGGUCCCCCUCACCAACGGCCUGGACUUGGAUUUGGAGGAGGUGGGAGUGGACAUUGUGCCUUACCCACGUAAACUUACCCUCAUCAAGCAGCUUGCCAAGAGCAUUAUCAUUGGCUGGGACCCCCCGUUGGUGCCGGCUGGGUGGGGCAACGUGUGGAGUUAUAACGUAUAUGUGGACCAGGAGCUGCGACUCAGUGUGCCCUUCGGUGCCCAGACCAAAGCGGUGCUGGAGCGGCUGGACAUAAACCUCAAAGCCUACCGUGUGUCAGUCCAGAGUACGACAGAGAAAGGCCUCUCCGACCAGCUCCGUUGCAGCCUGCUGGUGGGCCGGGAUGUAAGUGUGGCGCCCACGCAGCUGUGCGUGAACAGAAUUAUGGCCACCUCUGCCAACCUCACGUGGCUGCCCAGCAACAGCAACUAUGUGCUGGAGGUAGCCUCUCCUACAGCAGGCAGUGCUCUGCUAGGCCCCUCUCAGAUCCAGUCCCUCCAGGCAGCUCAGGAGCUCACUGUCCGCACCAUGUCUGCACACGGGGAGUCCUGUGACUCUUUGCCAGUAAAUGUGCCCUCCAAGCUGGCUGCCAUCAUGGCAGGCCCAGCUGUAGUCACCCCAGUUGUACCACCCCUGCCCUGCAGUUCCCUUAAUUUUUCCCCACCACAGUCCUACAUAAACUCUGCUGCCAAAGUCUCUGUGCUGCCCAGCACUUUGCCAUCAGACACACACAUGCCUCGCCACGCAGCGGAAGGUGCUGCUAACCUGCCUCAUGCUCUUUGCUCUGAAGAUCUUCUCUCCUCCGCCUCCUACGUGAAAGCCUGGGCCACCCCCUCAUCUGCUGCUGCCUUGGCUGCAUGUGAAGCAGCCUCCACCAUUACUCCGGUGGUUAAUGUGAUGUCCCCUAUCAACACAACAUCUCUGCCAUCUCCAGCAGCAGCUCCGGUGUCGGCUGUAGCACCAUCGCCUGCGUUGGACCAGCGCAGAGAUACAGACAGCCCAGGAUCCAUACGUCCUUUCCCGUCCAUCACAGAGUUCAUCGACGACCCCAGUGCCAAGCUUGUUACUCAUGAGCCCAUCCCGACCCCUCCCAAAGCCCCAAUUACAGACCUUCUUGACCCUCAGAGCACUAACCUCCUCCGACCGCCCAGCACCUCACCUCUGGAGUCAGAGGUAGAGGAGGAUCUGGAGAACACACGCCUGGUGUCCAUCGAUGAGUUUUUGAGACAGGACCAGGAGCCGGUGUACAGCAGGAGGCAACAGAGUUAUGCCAGAGGACCUGUGGAGCCUCUCAGUAACUACCAUGCAGACAACAGCCGCUCAGACCUGUCAGACAUCCUGGAAGAGGAGGAAGAAGACCUUUACUCUGACCACCUCGGAGAAGCACAGGCCAGAGGUUUCACCACUGGAGCCAACAGGGAGCCCUGCCAAGUCCCUCCAGCCGUGGCAGGCCCGUCGAGUGGGGGGCAGGCAGAGCUUUCCUGUAAAGCAGCAUGCUCGCAGGCUGGGUUAUUCAAAGAUAAAUCUUCAAAGAUGAAAGGAGAUUGUGACACUCGCAUCUUUGUGGCGCUCUUCCCAUACGAUCCGGCCACAAUGUCCCCCAAUCCUGACGCUGCUGAGGAGGAGCUUCCAUUUAGCGAAGGACAGAUCAUCAAAGUGCACGGAGAUAAAGAUGCGGAUGGGUUCUACCGAGGGGAGUCGGGUGGUCGUCUGGGCUAUGUGCCGUGUAACAUGGUGUCUGAGGUCCAGGUGGAGGAUGAGGAAACCCGGCAUCAGCUCCUGCAGCAGGGCUUCCUGCCCACAGCGACCUCCAUGGAGAACAUGGAUCCUCCUCAGACUGCUGCCCCUGCAGCUGGAGGGAAACUGUCCUCCGGACCUCGCAAGAUGGUUGCCAUUUUUGAUUAUGAUCCACGAGAGAGUUCCCCCAACACUGACAUAGAGGCAGAGCUGACUUUCAGUGCAGGAGACGUCAUAUACGUGUUCGGUGACAUGGACGAAGACGGUUUCUUUUACGGAGACUUGAAUGGACACCGGGGCUUAGUGCCCUCCAACUUCCUGCAACCCAUUCCAGAUUACGCUCCAGCAGAACCAGUUUGUGCUCCACCUGCACCAGAACCCAAGAAGGAAUCUCUGGACACCUGGACAUCCACUUCAGAACCCCUGGGUUCUGGCCCCUCAACACUAGAAGAGGCUUUGCGCCCUACAACCGAACCCCUUCACCCAGACAUGCCAGAGGACACAGACCUGCGAGCACAGCUGCAAGUCACAACGAGCACAGCGCCAGACAAGGACCCAGUUCCAGGUCCAGCUUCUGAGGAGGUCUGCUGCUCUCCUCCAGCCCCCCUUCCUUCAGGCAGCCCCACACCAACAGACUCCUCCAUGCAAGCAAAGAAGAAGAAAAGCUUCUUCUCUAAAGGCAAGAAGUUGUUCAAAAAGCUGGGAUCCAGCAAGAAGGAAUGAGUCAGGACUCUGCGUCACGGUUCAAGCACUUUUCCUGUCUGUACUGUUGGUGUCAUUUAAAACUCAACUCUCUGAUCUAAUAACAGACACUUAGCAGUUAUACACCUGCCUUAGAGCACUGCUACCCCAGAAUCCUUUAAAACAGGACAGAUCUGCUUACAGUUCCAGCAUCGUAAGAGCAUGCACACAUGCAUGUGAUCAAGCUUCGUAUAAGUGUUCAAAAAAACGCAGCAAUAAUCUUCCAACGCGUUCAGCGCAGACAGCUCAGCGAAUAUUAGCUUUAACCCUGGUGAGCUUGUGCCACGUCAUUUCUUUAA